CACACUAAGCAUACGUCUAUGUAGGUACUAUAUCAAGUUCUUUGAAACAUCAAAGUUCAGUCAUUAUUCGUAGUGACAUUUAUUUCUGUCUAUUAUAUUUCUUGGCAAGUUUAUAAUUUAGAACCUACUUUAAUUAUAUUUUUAAUGAAUUUACAAACAUACGCAACUUUAUCAUUGGUUAUAAUACGGCGAUAUAUAUUAUGUGAUCAAUAUAGCUUUAAUGAUAGAUUUAAUAUUAAAUUAGAUGAGCUGGUAGAUCUGAUUGCAAAGGAAAAUCAUAAUAGUAAGUUAAGCAAGUCCACUUGCUGGAAAUGGAAGAAAAUAUUUACAUCUAUUUCAACGCCGUCGGAAUCAUAUAAUAUUAAUACUGAUUUGUCAGAAGACCUAACAAAACGUCAUAAAGUGUGGAGUCGUUGGGGCAAAUGGGGUGAUUGUUCAGUUACAUGUGGGGACGGAAUUAUAACCAGAAGGCGUCUGUGCGUCGCCGGCCGAUGUGCCCCAGGUGAAAUAGAGGAACAGCAUAGACCAUGUACUCGAACGCCAUGUGAUGGCACUAGAAAAGAUGAUUUUGAACCGGAUUUGAGUCCGUGAAAAGAAAAAAAAUAAAUUAA